AUGGCGACUUUCGCACCUCGACCUGUAGGAGGAUCUACAAUGGCUUUAGAUCCUAAAAAUCAACCUUGGGUAGAAAAAUACCGACCAAAGACGAUCGAUGAUGUUUCUUCUCAAGAGCAUACAGUAGCUAUCUUGAGAAAAGCAUUAACGUCAACCAAUUUACCACAUAUGCUAUUUUAUGGUCCUCCUGGAACAGGUAAAACUAGUACUAUCCUAGCACUUGCAAGACAAUUAUUCGGACCUGAUUUGUUCCGAGCAAGAGUACUUGAAUUAAACGCUUCUGACGAAAGAGGUAUAUCAGUCGUAAGAGAGAAGAUCAAAACUUUCGCUAGGGAAACACCUAGACAUGUUGGUACUUCAUCCGACGGCAAAACAUAUCCCGCACCACCAUUCAAACUCAUCAUCUUAGAUGAAGCCGAUUCAAUGACUCAAGAUGCUCAAUCUGCUUUAAGAAGAAUAAUGGAAACGUAUUCUAGGAUAACCAGGUUUUGUUUGGUCUGUAAUUAUGUCACCAGGAUUAUCGAGCCGCUUGCUUCGAGAUGUAGUAAAUUUAGAUUCAGACCAUUGGCUCAUGAUAGUACCCAAGCCAGGAUACAAAUGAUCGCUAAUAAUGAAGGUGUACAAGCCGAAGAUGGUGUCUUACCACUCAUACUGCAACUAGCAGGAGGUGAUCUUCGUAAAGCUAUAACAUAUCUUCAGACUGCUCAACGAUUACAUGGCGCGUUAGACCCUCCCACACCUAUAUCAGCAUUGUCGAUACACGAGAUAUCCGGAGUAGUCCCCGAUGAUCUGAUAACGCAUAUUUUGAGCGUGAUGGGAGUAGACAAAGAUCAAGGCAUAGAUCUAGUCUUAGCGAAUGGAGGGUUUGAAGCUAUUCGAACGGCUGUAAAGCGUGUCGGAAGGGAAGGAUGGAGUGCUGGGCAAGUAUUGGAGCAAAUACACGACGCUUUGAUUCCAUUACCUACGAUACCAGCUUUACCUAAGAGUUUAGCCGCGAUGGCAAUAGCAGAAUGUGAUAAAGGUUUAUGUGAAGGUGGAGAUGAAGAAUUACAAUUAUUAGAAUGCUGUUUGAGAAUAAAGGAAGCUAUGAGUAAACAAUAA